CGAGCUGCGAGCACACAGAAAGGGAUGUCUUCAUCGCCUCCCAGGAUGGAACGAACCCGCCAGCUCGGGGAGUGCUGAGAACCAGAGGGUCCCUCCGGCGCCGGCAGCAGCCAACAUGACUUGACUGCCCCCAUCCCGCGCGGGCCCUACUCUCCAGGCGCCCCCACCCUUUCCGGGUGCGCGCGCACGAGCCGGCGAGCCGGGGAGCUGUGCGCCUGGGAGCUGGCGGGGGGCGGCGGCCGCCAGGCUCGCGGGGAGAGUGGUGGCCAGGGGCGGCGGCGGAGGAGCUGGCGCCGCAGCCGGUCCCCUCGGGCCGCGCCCCGCCCUCCGCCGCCACCUGCGCGUCCCCUCCGGGGCUCUCCAAGCCGGGGCCAGGGCCGUGUGGGCUCUCGGUGCCGCAGCGGCAGUAUCGCGGCGUCCGCCAAUUAGGAGACUCGGCGUUCGGCUCCGUGGCGCGCGGGACGAGCGGCGCUGCCCGUUCUGGCGAGCGAGGGGGCGCCGCCGCGCUCCCCGCGACGCUUUAGGAGGGGGUAGAGAACUGCUGUGACUUUUGAGGUCCGACUCCUCCUUCCGGCCAGCCUCGCGACGCGCCAGCUCGGAGCGAGGCCAUUGUGACCGGCAGGCCCCGAAGGCUCACUGCGUGGGGCUGGGGCUUGGAACGUGGCCGGGCGCCCGCGGCGCUGUGCGCGCCGGUGAGUUUGGUGGCGGGGUGGGGUGUCCCCGGCGCGAGGGGCGGAGAGGACGUCGCGCUCUGCCCCUCGGCCCGCCCCCCAGUGCUGCCCCCACUUUGAGAGUAAUUGAGACUUGAGCGUGACUGCGGAGCCGCGAGGAUGCGGGCGCCGGGCGCGGGCUUUCCCUCUGCCGGGCGUGAUGGAGCGGGUCGGUGAGCGGAACAAAGGCGCCCGCCCCGGGGAGCGGGUCCUGGGCUGAAGACCGCGGGCCGCGCGCCGCGACGGCCGCCUGCGGACGAGGGUGGUGGCCGUGCGGCCCGAGGCGCGGCGCGCUCUCCCGCGGGCGGGCGGCAAACCCUGAGCCCGGCACCUGCGCGCCGCUCCCGCCGCGGCGCCGGGGCAGCCCCGCUCCCGGCGACCCCGAGGUCCAGCGGCGAGCCACUUGCUGGUGCCGCGGAGAGACCACGGCCCCCGGCCCUUCGCCGAGAAGCGGAGGCGCCUGGAAAGGGCCGCGCGCCGUGAACUGAGCAGGCGUCUCUGGGAGCACUUCUGCACACCGAGAGCUUCCAUGUGAGCGAUUUCGCUCUCCCCCCUGACCGCCCCGUCCUCCCAGCCGUCCCCGCUGCCGGAGCAUCCGCGCUGCGGGGCCGGGAGCCUCUGGGCUCCCCGCCGGCCGUUCGGAGUGUGAGGCUCGCACGGCCCCCGGCUGCCCCGCGCCUCGCCGGAGCCCGAGGGGGCGCGGGUCCGGGGCGAGGGCCGGCCGGGCGUGUUUGAUGGCUUCACUGAGAAGAGUCAAAGUGCUGCUGGUGUUGAACUUGAUCGCGGUGGCCGGCUUCGUGCUCUUCCUGGCCAAGUGCCGGCCCAUCUCGGUGCGCAGCGGGGACGCCUUCCACGAGAUUCGGCCGCGCGCCGAGGCGGCCAACCUUAGCGCGCACAGCGCCAGCCCCAUCCAGGAUGCGGUCCUGAGGCGCCUCUCGCUGCUCGAGGACAUCGUCUAUCGGCAACUGAAUGGCUUAUCCAAGUCCCUUGGGCUCAUUGAAGGUUAUGGUGGGCGGGGCAAAGGGGGCCUUCCUGCUACCCUUUCCCCGGCUGAAGAAGAGAAAGCCAAGGGACCCCAUGAGAAGUAUGGCUACAAUUCCUACCUCAGUGAAAAAAUUUCACUGGAUCGUUCCAUUCCGGAUUAUCGUCCCACGAAGUGCAAGGAGCUGAAGUACGCCAAGGAGCUGCCCCAGAUCUCCAUCAUAUUUAUCUUUGUGAACGAGGCCCUGUCGGUGAUCCUGCGGUCAGUCCACAGCGCUGUCAACCACACGCCAACACACCUGCUCAAGGAGAUCAUCCUGGUGGACGACAACAGUGACGAAGAGGAGCUGAAGGCCCCCUUGGAGGAGUAUGUCCACAAACGCUACCCUGGGCUGGUGAAGGUGGUGCGCAAUCAAAAAAGAGAGGGCCUGAUCCGAGCUCGCAUCGAGGGCUGGAAGGUGGCCACGGGCCAGGUCACUGGCUUCUUUGAUGCCCACGUGGAAUUCACCGCUGGCUGGGCCGAGCCAGUUCUGUCCCGAAUCCAGGAGAACCGGAAGCGAGUGAUCCUUCCGUCCAUCGACAACAUCAAACAGGACACCUUUGAGGUGCAGCGGUACGAGAACUCGGCCCACGGCUACAGCUGGGAGCUGUGGUGCAUGUACAUCAGCCCCCCGAAAGACUGGUGGGACGCCGGAGACCCCUCUCUCCCCAUCAGGACGCCAGCCAUGAUUGGCUGCUCCUUCGUGGUCAACAGGAAGUUCUUCGGUGAAAUCGGUCUUCUUGACCCUGGGAUGGACGUGUAUGGGGGAGAAAAUAUCGAACUUGGAAUCAAGGUGUGGCUCUGCGGGGGCAGCAUGGAGGUCCUGCCUUGCUCACGAGUGGCCCACAUCGAGCGGAAGAAGAAGCCUUACAACAGCAACAUUGGUUUCUACACCAAGAGGAAUGCCCUCCGGGUUGCGGAGGUCUGGAUGGAUGAUUACAAGUCUCACGUGUACAUAGCGUGGAACCUGCCACUAGAGAAUCCGGGAAUUGAUAUAGGCGAUGUCUCUGAAAGAAGAGCCUUGAGGAAAAGUUUAAAGUGUAAGAAUUUCCAGUGGUACCUGGACCACGUGUACCCAGAAAUGAGAAGAUACAAUAACACCAUUGCAUACGGGGAGCUUCGAAACAACAAGGCGAAAGACGUCUGCUUGGACCAGGGGCCACUGGAGAACCACACAGCAAUACUGUACCCGUGCCAUGGCUGGGGGCCCCAGCUUGCCCGCUAUACCAAGGAGGGCUUCCUGCACCUGGGCGCCCUGGGGACCACCACACUCCUCCCCGACACCCGCUGCCUGGUGGACAACUCCAAGAGUCGGCUGCCCCAGCUCCUCGACUGUGACAAAGUCAAGAGCAGCCUGUACAAGCGCUGGAACUUCAUCCAGAAUGGAGCCAUCAUGAAUAAGGGCACAGGGCGAUGCCUAGAGGUGGAGAACCGGGGCCUGGCUGGCAUCGAUCUCAUCCUUCGCAGCUGCACGGGACAGAGGUGGACAAUUAAGAACUCGAUCAAGUAGCGGGGGCGGGGGGGAGCAGGGGCCCCCAGAGCCUGGCCCCCGGCCUGGGGUCUGCCCAUCUUCUGGACCAGCCGCACUGGUGGAGAGACAACAGGAAGCCAGCAGGUGCUCAGCGGGCCUCCCGGGGCUUCUCCAGAGCAGCACAGGGGCCCCGGAUGGAGACUUGGUGCCCCCCCUUUGGCGCUCAGCAGCCAUGAAGCCUAUGCUCCCUGGAAAAGCCCCGCACCCCUCCUCUGGAAACCCAGGAGCCGUGUCUUCUGCCGCCUGGAUGCGGACCACGUACCACAGAGUGAACCCCCAUGUCCUCUGCAUCCUCUCCCCAGCCACUCUCAGGACUGGGACUGGCAGGGGCCCCUCUUUCUCAUCUCCUGCAGCAGCAGCUUCUGAAUGCCACCCCCAGGCCUCAACAGAGUCGGGGGUGGUGCUCAGCCGCAUCCUGUCUCCCCCUUCUUGGAAGAGACCCUGAGACUCUGUGUCCCUCGACAUUGCUUCUGCCCAGAUGCCCAUUUACAAGGCAGCCUCCACCCCCAACCUUUCCAUCAGAUGGACAGCCCUGGACUUUUCUGGACCCUCCCUAAGAUGGCCUGGAAGGAAUUAAUGCUUCCGUGGUGGGGCUCUAGGCUCCGGUGUUCAUGGGCCAGCUGCUCUGCUUGCGUCUGCAGAGAGCCAGAGACGGAGGGGCUGAGCGCCUAGGGAGGUCAUGGCUGUGAGGGGGCCCCUGGGGCUGGAGCCAGGCCGGUGCAGCUCUGCUCCCCCACCCUGGGGAUCAGGGAGCCCUGACUCACCCAGAGCUUAAGGACUGAAGCCAGCACAACAGAGGGGGCCUGGACCCUGGAGGAUGCUCCGUGUUCACCUCAUUUCACCCCAUGCUCUGCUGGCUGACAGGGGAGAAGGCAGUCGAUUCCUCUCUGAAGAGUAAUAAUUUUUUUCGAUUGCCCUCUGGUUAGGGUGCACUUAUAAAUCAGAGUUAAUAUAUGGACGCGUGUGCAUGCCUAUGAGUGUGCCUGUGGUGUGCGUGACCGCGUGUGUGCGCGUGCAUGAGGGUGUCCGGGUGUGUGCAGAGGAGUGUGUGAUAGGCAGAUGUCAGCGUGUGGCCUUGGGCUUGUCGCUUCCUUGCUCACCUGGAUCGGGACAAGGCUGCAGGAAGCUGGGGGGUUGGCCAUGCUUCUUUGGCCAGGAGGACGUGGCCCAGACUUGCCCUAUGUGGAGCCCCAGAUGAAGGCUGUCCCUCUGGCCAGUUCCCUCUCUGUCCCUCAUGCUAUCCCCAAAGGCCAAGUCCUGCCCAGAACCAAAUCCUGUAGUCGCCCAGUUUGGGGUUCACAGUGUCUCAUUUGGUGGCAUCUUAUUGGUGAUCGCCCCCCGCCCCAUUCCUCCCUCGUGAAAUAAAUACAUGUGAGCACUUC